AUGCCACCCGACCUAACGGGUUACUCACAGAGGCGGCAAAGUCACGUCGUCGCCAUGACAAUUCCUGCAACCCACACUUGUUUUUCCCACGUGUCUGUUGCAGGCGAGCGUGAGCGAAAAGCAGACAAAGCAGGAGGGGGAGGUGCAGGCCUUGAUCCUAGAUGGCACUACCGCGGAAUCCUGACCCCGAAGCCUUCAUCUCGGACCGGCCUCGACUGGGCUUUUCUACAGCUCUCGCCUCCUUCGGCAAAACCGGCCCUCAACACCCCUCGACCGACAGGCCCCAGCGACCCCAUUACUCCUCACAUGCGUGACCUUGCUGCCAAGUGGACAUGGACGGAAGAUAUGAAGGCCAACCUGGUGUGGCGCUCGGUAUGGUCGCAGUCUCCUUUCGAUGCAUACGAGUGGGUUGACGUUGUUUUCACAACUUGGUCUUGUUGUCGGGACAACUUAAUUGGACGCAUCUUCUCCGAAAUCCUCUGCCAUAGUAGCUGUCCGGAUUUCCAGCGUCGGACUGUCGACUCGGUACGUGCUCAGAUGUUUCGCCGACAUCGUCAGUGA